AUGUCUGGAGGCACAGCCCUCCUCAUACUAACGCAGUUGGUCUCACGAGGGUGCACGUUCAUUGGCAAUCGCUUGGUCCUCAACUACUCGUCACCGACUCUUCUCGGCAUCGCUGUUCAGCUCGAGCUUCGCUCGAUCACGACCUUGUACUUUGCUCGCGAGUCACUUCGAGUAGCACUACAGCGACAGCCACAGGUAGCGAUAUCCGAUACCAGUGCGGACACAAUUUCGACAUCCAACAAGUCUGGCGAUCGUUUCAAUCAGCUUCAGGGCGCCAUCAACACCUCAUAUCUCGUCGUUGUUCUCGGGCUUGCAGUAGGAUCUAUUCUGUUCAGCCAAUACCUCGCACGUGCGUCAGAUGAAGUCGUCUUGUCUCCAAGCUUCCCAACUGUCCAUCUACUGUAUGCUAUUGCUACAGUCGCUGAGCUGAGUUCAGAGCCUGCGUUCGUUGUCAUUCAGCAGCAGGGUCUCUAUGGCGCACGUGCCACUGCUGAGUCGAGUGCUGCUGUCGCGAAGGUGUUGGUAGCAUUGGGCAUGGCUGUGUUCGAACAUUCCCGUGGGAGCUCACCCAGUGCGCUGCCUUAUGCAGCAGGACAGCUCGCUUACGGCCUUACGAUAGCUGUCCUCUACUGGCGAGCGGCUGGAAAGGCUUCGAGGCCCACUGAGGCAUCACUCCUGCCUGGCGGCCUGCACACCCAGUCGGCUCAGAAGAACACGCGCUGCUUGGACUGGACGCUUUACUUCCAGUCGACAUUCAAGCAGGGCCUUACGACGGGCGACCAGUGGCUUCUGGACUCUGUGGCACCGCUUGCGGACCAAGGCGCCUUCGCUAUCGCCAGUAACUAUUCUGGCCUGCUGGCUAGGCUCGUCUUUCAACCCAUUGAGGAGUCAAGCCGGAACGUCUUUGGACAGUUGCUUAAUACUCCUGGUGACGCCACCAGCGACGUGAACACGAGCGAACACCAAGAGACCUUGGCGGCCGGAAGGAUCGCUGAAACAACAACGUCGAGUCCUUCAAAGAUCGCUCGCGUUCUUCGCCAUCUGUCCCUCAUCUUACACACCUACACCUUGGUCAGUCUCCCGAUACUUGUCUUCGGUCCUCCGCUGCUCCCAGCUCUAGUCCCUCUCGCUCUACCCCGCGAAUUCCGUAACGACUCCACGACUACUCUUUUCCAAUCUUACGUCUUUUAUCUCCCACUGAUGGCGGUCAAUGGGGUCAUCGAUGCCUUCGUCACAAGCGUAGCUACGCCCGCACAGCUAUGGUGGCAGAGCGUAGGCAUGAUCGGCUUCACGGGACUGUAUGGUGCAGCAGCCUGGCUUUUCCUGAGCAUAUGGGGUACGGGACCAGAGGGGCUCGUAUGGACUCAGACAGUCGUCAUGCUUGCGCGAGUGGCGUGGGGCGUGGCCUUCGUCUCAUCGUGGAUCGAAAGGACCCGACAAAUACGGCAGAAACCUCUUGUUUCAGGCUUGGACAAGCAUGCAUCCGCCAACGGUCUUUCCGACAGGCCCGGAAGCAAUACAGAACACGAGCUGGAUGAUGAUUGGUCUGGUGUCUCGCAACGAAGCUUAUCGCUGACCACAGCAGCGGCGAUUAAACGCCAAACAGCAGAAUCAUACCCAAAUAGAAACCUGCCCACCCCUACUACCUUCUGGCCCACGACCUUUCCCAGCAUGUCCAUCAUUCUCGCCUCCGGCGCGAUCUUCUCCAUUCUCCGCACCAACCUCUACAAGAGCACGCCACCCAUCGACCGCGCCUCCCCUUCUAUCAUUAUUCCAAAAUAUCAGCUUGAUCCACGCCUCGAUCUGUCGCUACCGGGAACACUUCGACAGAUGGGCUACUUUGCACUGGCCGCGUUGUGCAUGGCAGUCGCGAUUUUGUACGAGGAGGGUGCUUUUCUGGGGGAGCUCGCUGGCGAAGUGCUGCCUCAGAAUUUGCAGCGAAAAUUAUGGGGAAUGGUUGGGGAGGACUGGAAAAACUAUCUGUUGGGGCUGUCGAGUGGACGAGACGGAAAGCAAGGUACGGGUGAGAACGAAGGGAAGAAGUAUCUGUAG